UAUUUAAGGUUCACCCUGCCACCGAACAUCUCCUUCCGCAAUAUACGGUCCCAACAACCAUGGCUGAACCUGCCCCUGCCGCGUCAGGCUCAGGCGACCCUCCGGAGCAGCCAUCCAAGAAUGCGCUGAAGAAGGCACAGAAAGAGAAAGAGAAGGCCGAAAAGAAGGCCGCAGCUAAAGCCCGCGAGCUCGCCGAGCGCCAGAAGAAAGACGCCGCCGACGCAGAAGAUGUCUCGAAGGACUCGUAUGGCGAACUGCCCAUGAUCGGAUCGAAGGACUUCAAACCUACUGGCAAACCGCGCAUCGACCUCUCUACCAUCGCCGAGCACGAAGAAAAGGAAGUCACAUUCAGAUGCUGGGUCCAGAAUGCGCGUGUACAAUCUGCGAAGCUCGCUUUCUUGAAUCUCCGCCAGGGUCUGACCACGGUGCAAGCUGUGGUCGCAGCGAGUGAGAAGAUCAGCAAACAGAUGGUCAAGUUCUGCGGGAGCCUGAACACCGAGACCACGCUCGCCGUUACUGGAUUGGUCAAGCGAGUAAAGGAGCCCAUCAAGAGCGCGACUGUGAAGGACUUCGAGCUGCAUAUCACCGCGGCUUUCGUGGAAGCAAAGGCCGAUAUCCUGCCUCUCCAGGUCGACGAUGCGGAGCGGCCGCUUCCCAGUGAAGGUCUGGGAGACCAAGACGAACAGCAGACGGAAGGCGACGCAAGACCACUAGUGGGACUGAACACACGGUUGAAUAACAGAACAUUGGAUCUGCGCGCUACGAUCAAUCAUGCCAUCUUCAUUAUCAAGAGCGGCGUGUGCCAAUUGUUCCAAGAGUUCUUGAGUCAGAAAGGUUUCGUCUUAAUCCACACACCCAAGAUCCUGGGCGCUGCCUCAGAAGGCGGUGCGAACGUAUUCGAGGUCAAGUACUUCGACCGCCCAGCAUAUCUAGCCCAGUCGCCCCAGUUCUACAAGCAGAUGCUCAUCUCGUCGCGGUAUGAGAAGGUCAUGGAAAUCGGCCCCGUGUUCCGUGCUGAGAACAGCAAUACCGCGCGUCAUCUGACAGAGUUCACUGGCCUUGAUCUGGAAAUGGAGUUUCAAGAGAACUACCACGAGGUCAUGAGUGUUCUAGAGGACCUCAUGCUCUUCAUCUUCAAAGAGCUCAACGCGCGGUACAAGAAAGAGACCGAUCUCGUCCGUGGCGUAUACCAUGUCGAGGACUUCAAGAUGCCAGAGUCCGGGAAGGUUCCCCGAAUACCCUUCCAAGAGGGUAUCAAGAUGCUGCGCGAAGCUGGAGAAGAACUCGGAGACUACGAUGACUUGACGACGCCACAAGAAAAGCACCUCGGCCGACUUGUCCUCGAGAAGUACAACUCCGACUUCUAUAUUCUUGACCAAUUCCCUAUCGUCCUACGCCCUGCCUACACUAUGCCUUCACCGCACAACCCACUCCUCUCCAAUUCCUACGACAUGUUCAUGCGCGGCCAGGAGAUCCUCUCCGGCGCCCAGCGUAUUCACGACGCUGAUCUUCUCGCGGAGCAAAUGCGUAAGCACGACCCGCCGAUCGAUCCCAAUGGCCCAGGCACGAAGGAGUAUGUGGAUAGUUUCAGGUAUGGAUGUCCGCCGCAUGGUGGUGGCGGGUUCGGUCUUGAGCGUAUCGUGCAAUUCUGGCUGGGCUUGCCCAAUAUUCGGAUGACGAGUCUCUUCCCUAGGGACCCACAGAGAGUUACACCGUAAUCGGGGAGGUUAUAGAGGACACAAACGAUUGACUGAUCGAGUGAGUCGGGGUACUAGGAUGCGGCAAGAUGUGUCAGUACUGAAUUCAAAAUGUUCUGACUCGACUAGAGAAUGUUAUAUUAGAUUCUCUGAUUGAGUGUUCUAUGAGCGUUGGCAUGGAUGCCGGGUAUCAAGUGUCUAUCUCGCCAUUCCCCCUACUUUCUGAGC